AAUGAACGCGCGUUUUUGCUCAACAUGCAGUCAGUAGACUUUCGCUUCACGUUUUCAUUUUUUAAAACCGCAGCAUUUGGAAUUUUACUUGCUUAUAUGCGCGUAUUUUUUAACCUCAUAAAUUCUUACAGUUGUUGAUUUGAAUUCUUUUUAAUCAAAAGAAAGACUACGUAUAAAAUUUAAGCAUUGAUUGAUGUUGUUGCUCAAUUGAUAAACAAAUUCCAUCAAUUGUUCUGUUAAAUAUUUAUCUCGAAAAUUAUUCCCACUGUUAUUAACCCAGAUUCCGAAUUUUGCCCGUAAUCAAACAUUUUAUAUCUUCAGUUAUUUGGAAAUUUGCGUUUUUUAAAUCCUCAAACGGUUAAAGUUCAGACAAUCAGAGCGAAAGGGCAAUCAAAAGAUGAUACGACUUCUGCUGUUAAUUGCGGUAAUCAGCAGCUGUUGUGUAUGUGAUAUCUCGGAGAUACUCCCGGUUUGCGACGCCGUUGGAAGUGAGCCCGCCGAUUUAACUACUCUGAUUCAGUCUCUUGACGAGGGCAUUGGACUGCACAUUGAAAGCUCGUGUGUUUUUGUCAAAGAGACUGAUCGGUCGAAUUUUUCAGUCGAAGAGUUUCUGUACAAAGAAAAACUUCAUUACGACGCUGGAUUCUCUUCAAGUUCUGAAGCUAAAAAGUACGUUAUAGUUCUGGAUGGAUCGAAAGGUUUUGUUGCCAGUUUGAAGAAAAGAGGAUCGAAUUGUGAAAAGAAAACGAGUGUCAGCCAAUGGGACAACAAAUCAGCCAGUUUGCUCAAUGAUACGAUCUCCGAAGAAUACGUCUCUCUGGCUUGGAUCUUUCAAAAUGCAGAUCAACGAACUUGGACCCGAACAGUCUCAGAAAAGGAAAGAAUGGUCAAGUUCGUCUCGUGUUCCUCGGGUGGCUAUCCGAGUAUUCAGUUCAACUUCCUGAGAAUGAACGAGGACAAUUCGGUUACUUUGGGAUCCCUGUUAGAAGUGAUGGUCGCAUUUAGCUCCAAUGAGUACUCUUUGUUCAGUGUGUACGAAAUGGACUAUAUCUUCAAAAAUGAAUCUUCAUUGGAACAACUUGAGCAAAACUUUGGACUUUUCCAACCCCCAACAGGAGAAACUUGCGACAAUUAUUUAAAGGAAGGUGUCAACGAAGAGACUUUACCGACAGUUAAGAAGUUUCCCGACGCUGUGUCGUUGUCGUCAGAAAUUGUCGAUUUCGGCGCCAAGAAAAUCUCAUACACUCGCGAAGUGUAUAGUUUCGCCCAGAAUUUAUCCCGAAUCGAGCUUCAUUCUGGGGGUCGGGCCGCGAAUUUUGUCUCUCCUCGGUUCAACGAGCCAACUGCAAAGAAUCAUCCAGUCACUAUGAUACAUGACUUCAAAUCAGGCUUGGUUUUUGUGAUUGACAUGCAAAGUGAUUUCUGUGAAAUUCUGUCAAUGGAAGAUUACUACCGAAAUAACGAUGAUAUUCCUCCAGAUAUGAAUCCGGGCUGCACAAGCGAAUCGAGCAAUGAGGACCAUUGCAUGGACAUGUACCAUCCGUACGAAAUACACUCCUUCAAAGACUACAAAUACGCGGGGAAAUGUGUUUCUCAAGGUCAAAUUCCAGGAUUUAAGUUCAUUAUGGAUAAGAGACCACUUGUCCAUGAAGCCUGUUUUGCAGACGGGACUUGGUCCAUUGGAUAUGUACAAAAGAGUUCGAAUUUUUUCGACCAGUAUUCGCUGCCGUUUUACAUUAAGACUUAUAACAUGUCUGCCAACCGAACCAGUCCUGAUUUUGAGCCACAUCUUUUGAAAGUUGUUCAUUUUUAUGAUGUAGAUUUUACGCCUCCCGACGCUUCUUAUUUCGACAUAUCCAAAUGCUUCGGGGCUCCAGACGAAUCAAAGCAUUAUCUUGUGCAAACAACAGGGCGGACUCAGCGUUGUGAGGAUGAAGAUUGCGAUAUCGAAGCCGAUAGUUCCGAGUCACCGCUUUUCUAUAAGAUUUCACUAUUUACGUCUAAGUUGCGAUCUUCUCUUGCGGAGAAAUUAAAUGUUGCUCCGAUUCGUAUUUUUGACCUGUUCGUGGAAGAACCUGAGAGUUCGCUAGAAUGGGCGGACCACGAUUUGAUAGUCGGAUUUGGACUUCUUGAUAUAGAUUAUCAAUACUUGACUUCGGAAGCAAAUCAACUUUCGUUCAAACAGGCCAGGGAUCAGUACCGACCCUUGAAAAAAGUAGAAGAAGACAUAGCGAAUCUUCUAGCAUCCGACGAUGGGUUCAAAAUAGUCUUUCAUUGGAAUGAUUCAUACUUUUUCAAAGACGAAUCAGUGGAGGGCAAACCAACAAUAACAAAGGAAGCUGUUUUCCAGGAAACAAUAACGGUCACAACCAUGAAAAAGAUUGACCAACAGAGCUUCAAUGAAAUGAGUAAGGCCGCGGACGAGGUCUUGGAAACUGAGAAUGCGGCGAACGCGGCUGCAGCCGAGGGAGGAAUCGGGGCGGGUGCUGUUGUCGCAGUGGCGUUUCUGAUGGCGAUUCUCGGCGUCGCCAUUGGCAUCGCUGUCGGCUAUAAGCUGUGGAAAAGUGGAACUUCCUUCGGCUACACAAUUCAUACUAACAUCUAGUUCUAGCUAUGGCUUCACACGGAUCCAGUUGAAUAUCAAAAUUACUUAGCGAUUUUUUUUGCAUAAAUACAAACUGGAAAAAUGGCGUUUUUAGAUGCAAAAAUGACUGAGUUUUCCAUUGAACUUGAGUUUACUUAAAUUUAGAUAGGAGCUAAUAUUUGCCAUAAUUGCGAUUCAAAAUUUAAUGGCGAUUUUUAUUUAUAUUGAGCAGAAGUUAGUCUUAUUUCAACCAUACUAACUAUAAAUCGAUAGUUUUUUUUGUAUUCUUAUUGAAUUGAUACGCGGCAAAAGAUGUAAGGUUGGGAAAAAAAUUCAAUUUCCAAAAAGAAAACUUCUCGAUCUUUCUUUUUCCAGUUUCUUUAUUACAUUUUAUGGAUCUACUUAACAAUCUCCCCCCCCCCCCCCUAUUGUACCUACUAAAGAAUCUCCCCCCUUUCAAGAAAAGGGGGGAUUGUUAAGUAGAUCCCAUUUUUGUUGUUUGCUACCCACUCCAUCCCUGAAAACAUAAAGUGAAAGAUUCCAGAAUAGCUCAUUGAAAUUUAACGUAAGACAACUAUCCCAUUAGUGCUUUUGAAUAUAUCAUUUUAAUAGAUGUGCUUGAUAUAUUUGUUAAUCAAAUGUACAUGAGAGCUUUAUUUGAAUUUCUCAUGCAAAUAAUAGCUAUUUUACCUCCCUCUAUCUGCGACUUGUAAAAUUGUGACUUAAAAUGUCCGAUUAUAAUAAAAAUGCUCAAUCAUUUGCUGUUUGAAAAGUAAAAUCCCGAUAAUAGUAAAAAAUGAGAUGUCUUGCUUGUUGCAUAUCAAAUCACUCUGCGAAAUUUAAAGCAUGCGCAUUUUCCUUUUGUCUCUGUUUCCCUGCUUACUUUCCGCGAUGGUGCUGGCAUAUGUUUCAACCACACAAAUCAUCUACCAACUGAUUUUUUUUCCAGAAACAUCAAUGAUUGAAAAUAGUUUCACGAGAAUUGGUCCAAAUUAGUUUGGAAAAUUGUUCUUCGCAGAUCUGCGCUAUAACCUUGUGUUAAUUUCUACUUGCUGUAUAAAUUGCUUAAAUAUUUUUUUAUUCGACUG